AUGGCGGGUCUCCAGAAGGCGCUCGCCAGCGGGCGCACGGCCGGGGAGCCGAGCCGGCUGCUGGACGCGUACACGGGGCGGUUCUACAACGCCGUCGGGACCUUCUUCCUUGAGAUUAGGACGGAGGGUGACAGUCUGAAGAUGCGGUUCUGUGGCGUUGAGGAGGACGAGUUUGUGUUGCAUCCGCAUUAG